UUCGCAUUAUUGUGAUAAAUGAUGAGAAGUUUCACUAAACAAUAAACGCCAAAGCUUUAAGCUCACGUCUACUGCAUCCACUUCGGAAACUGAUCAGACUAAUUUUUAAAUUUUAAAUGAACUGUGGUGCCGUCAGUAGCACGUAAUUAAUAGGCAUCGCGUACGUUACAAAUAGACAGCCAUCAAUAUGGGUAUAUUUGGUAAAUCGGCCACCGUCGAUCCAAAGGAUCAAGUUAAACAGUGGACAUCAACCAUACGCAAAGAGACAUAUAAGCUAGACCGACAGAUAAGAGGCAUACAACGAGAAGAAGAAAAAGUUAAACGUUCAAUGAAGGAAGCAGCCAAAAAAGGAAACAAAGAUGUGUGCAUCAUUCUAGCCAAAGAAAUACUAAGGGCACGCAAAACCAUCAAUAAACUGAUUACGUCAAAAACACAUAUGAAUUCUAUACAAAUGCAAAUGAAAAACCAGCUGUCUGUGUUAAGAAUGGCAGGUUCAUUGCAAAAGUCUACAGAAGUAAUGCAAACAAUGCACAAUUUGAUCAAAGUACCAGAAGUUGCAGCUACUAUGAGAGAUUUGUCCAAGGAAAUGAUGAAGGCUGGAAUCAUUGAAGAAAUGUUAGAUGAUACAAUGGAAAAUGUAAUGGAUGAUCCCGAAGAUAUGGAAGAAGAAGCGCAGUCUGAAAUUGAUAAAGUAUUAUGGGAAAUCACAGCUGGAGCAUUAGGUCAAGCACCUAUGGCAGUUACUGAAACACCAGGUGGUUCAGUACUACAAGAAACUGAAACAGUUGAAGAGGAUGAUGACCUAGAAGAAAUGAAAAAUCGCUUACAAGCGUUAAAAAGCUAAGUAAAGGCGUAACAAAGAUGCUAAAUUUAUACAAUAUAUUAUGUACUUUAACAUAAUUUUAAUAUAAAUUAAGAACCAACUAUUAAUUUUUUAGGAAAAUUGGAGCACUAAUGUUUUUUUUAUAUUUAAUCAAUUACAAAUUUGA